AUUGGCCCUGCGCGGCGGCGUCGCUCCUGCUGCGGCUGGAGGAGCAGGAGGCAGAGGCGGCUCCUCCGCGGCUGACCCGGCAGGGCCUCGCCCCCCCCGCCGCCAUGGCGUCCGCCCUGGAGCAGUUCGUCAACAGCGUCCGGCAGCUCUCGGCCCAAGGGCAAAUGACUCAGCUGUGCGAACUGAUCAACAAAAGUGGAGAACUGCUAGCAAAAAACCUCUCCCAUUUGGAUACAGUGCUUGGCGCGCUCGAUGUCCAAGAACAUUCACUGGGUGUCUUGGCUGUUUUGUUUGUGAAGUUUUCUAUGCCCAGCGUCCCUGACUUCGAAACGUUAUUCUCACAGGUCCAGCUUUUUAUCAGCACUUGUAAUGGAGAGCACAUUCGAUAUGCCACAGACACUUUUGCUGGCCUGUGCCAUCAGUUAACAAAUGCCCUCGUGGAACGGAAGCAGCCCCUGCGUGGAAUCAGUAUUCUCAGGCAAGCUAUAGACAAAAUGCAGAUGAAUACCAACCAACUGACCUCAAUACAUGCAGAUCUCUGCCAGCUCUGUUUAUUAGCAAAAUGCUUUAAACCUGCCCUCCCGUAUCUAGAUGUGGACAUGAUGGAUAUUUGUAAAGAAAACGGGGCCUAUGAUGCCAAGCACUUUCUGUGUUACUACUACUAUGGUGGAAUGAUAUACACUGGGCUCAAGAACUUCGAAAGAGCACUCUAUUUUUACGAGCAGGCUAUAACGACUCCCGCCAUGGCUGUCAGUCAUAUUAUGUUGGAGUCUUACAAAAAGUAUAUCCUAGUCUCAUUGAUACUCCUUGGCAAAGUACAGCAGCUGCCGAAAUACACCUCUCAAAUAAUAGGUAGAUUUGUUAAGCCGCUUAGCAAUGCGUAUCACGAAUUAGCACAAGUGUAUGCCACCAAUAAGCCCUCGGAACUGCGAAAUCUGGUGAACAAGCAUAGCGAGACUUUCACCCGAGAUAACAACAUGGGCCUGGUGAAGCAGUGCUUGUCAUCUCUCUACAAAAAGAACAUUCAGAGGCUAACUAAGACCUUUUUAACGCUGUCGUUACAAGACAUGGCGAGUAGAGUGCAACUGUCAGGACCCCAAGAGGCAGAAAAAUAUGUCCUUCAUAUGAUAGAAGAUGGUGAAAUUUUUGCAAGUAUUAACCAGAAAGAUGGCAUGGUUUGUUUUCACGAUAAUCCUGAGAAAUAUAACAACCCAGCUAUGCUCCACAACAUUGACCAGGAGAUGUUGAAAUGUAUAGAGCUUGAUGAGAGACUGAAAGCUAUGGAUCAGGAGAUCACUGUGAAUCCUCAGUUUGUGCAGAAGAGCAUGGGCUCCCAAGAAGAUGAAUCAGGAAGCAAACCAUCCAGUUAUUCUUGAAAGCCACAUUUUGCUUGCUACUCUCUUGUAAAACACACAUAUACAUACAAAAAAAGCUAAGGAGAGACACCUUUAGGAUUUGAGUGUUAAAAAAAAAACCAAAAAAGAAAGCAGAGAACUGUCUGUCGCACCUGGACGCGGAGCAGAACUUAAAAUGAUGUCUUCUCAGUACUGUAUGAUUUGGAAAAAAAAAAUGCUCUACAAAGAAAGGAAAAAA